AGAAAGGAAAAUAAGAUGGUUUAUGUUGAUGUAAAAGGGAAAGCUACAAAUUCUAGCUUAAGAGGGAGAACAAGUAUGACAGUUGGUGCUUCUAUGGUAUACCAGCCUGAGCUAAAGAAGGAUAAAAGAAAAGGAAAACCACCUGCUCAUCCCAAAAAUCGAGGAAAACUACCGGAAAUAUAUGCAAGCGUCAUUGGUCAGUACAUUGGUGAUACAGUUCUUUUACAGGACAUUAACAAAAAUCAAAUCCAAGUAGCUGUAUUCAAAAAGAACAAUUCACAGAUUUAUUUCACUCAUGGCUGGUCUCGAUUGAAAGAUUUCUAUAACAUCAAUGCCGGCGCUUGGAUUACUCUUUUGUUCAUCAGUCCUUUUGUCUUCUUUAUUCGGGUACCAUACAUUACUGGUGUGGAAAUCACCUAUCCUCAUAGGACUCCCCCAUAUAAACUUGUGUUGGAAAAACCUUUCCUAGAAGCAACUUCAAAUGGACCUAUUCCCUACUUUGUCCUUCCAAAAGUUUUUACCCACAGUCUUGAAAAAACCCUCACUGCUCCUGAUGUUGAGACUGGGACUUUGACAAUCUAUUGGAGAGGUUUCUGUCAAAAUGCACUCCCUAAUGAAGAGACUAAACUCAGAUUAAUUGACUGGCUUGGUAACACCUGGGAUCACUGUGAUUUGAAGUUUGACAAUGGCCCUUAUAUCAGCUGCAAAAUUUCAGGACAAUGGGGAGAUGUUUGCAAGGUACAUAAACUGUCCGAGGGUGUAGUUGUUAAAUUCGGUGUUACUAAGUCAUCUAACAAUAGGACUAUCUACUUUAAGCUAUCCCCUUUCAUUGGUGUUAAAACUACCCUGCAUGCUCCGUCAACAUCCAGCAAUCGGAAGAAAUUCUACCAAAGUCAGUACUAUUAUAUGCUCUAGAUCUCUCUCUAGCUAUCCUUCAACUCUAACUCCUCUAUCUGUUUUGUAACUUAUGCUAUAAUGUACCAAACAAUAUUUAAUUUCCAUCCUUUUUGCCAUUAGUGGAUCUCAAUAUCAAGGUCAUACUCUUUUAAGGACCAUUUUGGUGAUGAAUGUAAGGACAUGUACCAUAAUUACUACUAUUUAACUUUUAAUCCCUAAUGCUUUUUGUUUGUUCAA